AUGAAUCGUUCAUUAACAGUUGAAGAACGUAUAACAUUUUUUAUACAAUUAACAAAUAGUAUAUUUCCAUUAGUUAUCUUACCAUUAGCAACAAUUGGUAAUUCACUUUGUUUUUUUGUAUUUUGUCGUCGUAAAUUUCAAAAACGUUUAACACGUACAUCAUCUAUAUGUAUACGUUUAUUAUGUGUAAAUGAUUUAAUUCUAUUAUAUUUAUUUAUUAUUGAUAUUUUCUUAAAAGUUUAUAUGACACCAUCCAUACGUAUUUAUUCAACACCAAUAGCAUGUCGUUUAUAUAAAUGUAUACGUUAUUCAAUAUUAGAUUUUUCUGCCUAUAUACAAUUAGGUUUAACAACAGAUCGAUUUAUUUGUUGUGUAUAUCAUUCAUAUUAUACACGUUGGCGUAAACGAAAUUAUCUAUAUUAUUUAUUAAUUAUUGCAUUUGUAUGUAUUGUUUUGAAGAAUACUUCAUUUUUAUCUUCAUCCUAUGGUUAUUAUUCAAUAAAUAAUAAAAAUCAUACGAUUAUUAGAUGUUCAGUUAAAAUUCACGCAAUUUAUUUUACAAAGUAUAUGGCCUAUGGACAAUCAUUAAUUGAUGUUAUUUUUAUAACUUGUUUACCAUUUUUUCUUAUACUUUAUUUUAAUUCACGAAUUUUAAAAGAAGUUGUACGUUUACGUACGGAAUGUUGGAGUACAUUAUCAAGAAUUAUGAUUAUGACACCAAGACAUUGUGAAAAUUCAUUUUCAAUAACAACAAAUAUUCCAACAUUUAGUUCAACAACAAAUACAACAGUUAUUAUAACACGUCAUCGUGCAAGAGAUCGACGUUUACAUUUAACAUUUGCUCUUGGAUGUAUAUCAUUUCUAUUUAUAUUCAGUACAGCACCCUAUAAAUUAUUUAAAAUUGUUGAACGACAUGAUAAAGUUAUGCGUGAUCAUUUUGAAAAUAGUGCAUUAAAAUCAAUUCGUAUACAAUUAGCUGAAGUUCUUAUUGAUUGUUUUGUUUAUUUAUCAUGUUCAACGCCAUUUUUUGUUUGUUUUGUAACAUCGAGUAUUUUUCGAGAUGAACUACGUCGAGUUUUUCAAUAA